UAUUACCAUACGGAGUUCCAAUGGAAUCAUGUUUCUAAACAAGAUCUGUGUAGCAACUAUUCUUCUAUUCAUCCACGCUGCAAAUUCCUACAUACUUUUAACUGCCAAUCUGGAUGAUGUGCACGCACUGGCGAAGCAGAUCGCAGCGUCUCCAGUGGCUCACCAGCUUGAUAAGAUAUUCCGUAGAGCUUCCAAUGUCUUCAACCAGCAUUACAGUCAAGAAAAUAGAGGUUUGAUACAAAAGUCAUACGUGGAAAGUGAUCAAAUCGAUGGAAAUUCAAAACAGAGGUCGCAGAUGAGGAAUGAUCCCAUGGAUAAAGAUUCAAGACAGCAGCCGCAGAUGAAAAAUGAUCCCACGGAUGAAUAUUCAAGACAAAAGUCAUACAUGAAAAGUGAUCCUUCGAAUGGAGACUUGAAACAGAAGUCACAGAAGAGGAGUAAUCCCACGGGCGGAGAUUCAAGAGAGCGACCGCAGAUGAGAAGUGAUCCAACUUUAGAUGAUGAACCUGACUAUUUAAACAAAGAAAAGGACUUUAGAUACGCAGAUUCUGAUGUCGAUACUGCAUUAGGUUCUAAGAAAGAUGUCCCACUACUAAAUGAUGACGAUCCAGUUGAAGUAUGGCAGCCAGAUACAAAAGUAAUGGAAGAAGAGUUGAAUGCUAAAAUGCCAGAUGAUACUUCAAACGAAUAUUCUGAUGAAGAUGUCGGAAAGAAAUCUAACCGCGUGGAGAGGCGGCGCCACAUGGGACCAGACCUCGUAGCCCUCGGGAAGAAUGCUAGCUUUUAUCUCAAAUCCAUCAAAAAGAUCUUCGAGAAUGUUUAGUUUGUAAUAAAAGUGUUUAA